GGGGCUGGUGAUGUAGGUGUGUAAAAGCCAUAUAAAUCCGCACUGAGAGAGCAGUUCAGUAUUGCUCUCAGCCUACUGGGGAUCCACAAGAUUCUGAUUGCUUGGGGGAAACAACAAUGUCCUCUAUGUUGGAUAUACAGACACUUUAUCAGAACCUGCGAAACUUGAGCCUUUCAGAAGACUGUGAUUCUUCAAUAGACAGAAACUUUCUUAACACUCAGCGGCGACAUUCCUGUGUUGCUGACCUUCAAGAUGAACUUCGCGGUGGAACUCAGAACACAUGGGCUCCAGAUCUUCCUCGAGCCCCCUUCAGAGCCGAUCGUUCCAUUAGUCUGACUGAGGGUUCCCGCACUUCAUAUCCCCCUCCUCCACCUGGCUUCCCUCCAUUGAAGAACGCCUUACCUGCUUUACCCACCCUAUCCCCACGGUACAAGACAGAGCUCUGCCGCACUUUCUCUGAGACUGGGUCCUGCAAAUAUGGUGUAAAAUGCCAGUUUGCUCAUGGGAAAUCAGAACUAAGAGAACCAAAUCGUCAUCCCAAAUACAAGACGGAGCUUUGCCACAAAUACUACAUAUAUGGGGAAUGUCCAUAUGGGUCCCGUUGCAACUUCAUUCACCAUCCUGCCGAACAAGGAAUGACCCAACAACUCCUUCGUCAAAGCUUAAGCUAUAGUGGAGUGCCAACUAGGAGGGGGUCUCCUCCACCGUCAAGUUUUCCUGAUCCAAAUGCCUUUUCAAGAGCCCCCUCUGUUUCUCCACCUCCUUCAACUGAGCUUCUCUUUUGUCCAGCACCAUCUGAGCCCAGAAGCCAUGUCUCUUCCUUGAGAGCAUCAGAUUCUUGUUCACGGUGCUGCUCUUGCCGCUGCUCUCGGGCUGGGACACUUCCCCAUGACCCUUUUUCUAAUCAACUUAUUAUACGCUCUCCCUCCUCUAACUCACUACCUGAAGCUGAUUGCUAUAGCAGUGGAUCUGAGUCUCCUGUGUUUGAACUUUCCUGCUCAGUGGUUCCUACCUCCAACAAGAGGUUGCCCAUCUUCAACCGCCUCUCUGUGUCUGAUUGAGGUGUGGGUCUCCACCAUGUCAUCCAUAGCAGGACUUAUGGGAGGUACAUGGCCACAUCAUGCAUCUACCAAAGUGAGAAGUUGGCCAAACCUGUGAUCUAUACCAGCACUAUUAUAGUGUCCUUAACAAUCAUCAAGGCACCUGUGGAGAUUUUUCACCAGCAAAUGGCUUCAGGGAUUUACCCAGAGUGCCUUGUAUUGAACCUCAGGGUUUUUGUGGGGUGGGCUUAGGGGAGGUUGGGAGGGGUUGGGUAUUCUCAACUAGCAUUUUAUCUCCUGCUUUCCAUCAGAGGUUUAACCCUUCUAUCCCCCUUACACAGCUAUUGCUUUUUGCACAUUCAUAAUUACCCCUUAUUUUUAACCCAUUAAGGUUAAAUAAUUGGAGAGGGUUAUUGUGUGUAUCUUUUUUUUCUUUCUUUACUUGUAUAUGGGUCUCUCCUUCCCUGUCCUAUAAAGGAGGGGUCCUAACUUAUGUAGCAUUACAAGGUACCACAGGGUGCCGAGCGCUUAGUCUCAUAGUUCUGGCUGGCUCCAAAACUUUAUGGAUGGGACUAGUCGCAGGACCUGUGCGCUCCUUGGAUUCUGUUCAUACACUUGUAAACCCCAAAAUCUUUAUAUAUUCUGUAUUUGGAAGACAUCCUGCAAUGCAUUGACAUGGGACCAAUUCCCUGUGUUGUGUAUACAUAUCUUUUUUUAUAUUUACAAUAUAGGGUACACUUCUCUGUAUUACACAAAUACACCUCUGGCACCAAGUCCUAUUACAGAUUGGACUCCAGUAAUGCAUUGCAGGGUCACUACAAUAACAGAAGCUUAAUACCUCAGGGGAUACCUGUAACACUGCCCAGUCUGUGCUGGCAAACAAAGAGUUAAAUCCAGGGGGCCGGGCAAAGAAUCACAAAAUCUGAAACUAAUAAUUACCGUGAUUUCUGUAAUCCCAUAGAGUGCUUGUUUUAACAUGUAAUAAUAUAUUUAUGUUGCUGUAUUUAUUUAGUAUAAAUGAAUUUUAUAUAUAUAUAUAUAUAUUUAUCUUUUUGUAUUGCAAAUAAUAUAUAUUUGACAUUAUUUGAAUUAAGAUUGUAUUGAUUGGCCGGGGCCACUAAGCCUGUAAUAAAGAUAUUUACAUAAUA